AUGGCCACUCUCACCAUGACACCCCCAACCCGCCAACCAUUCGCAAGUCUGGACACCCCGCGAAUGAGAUCUAUCAUGCGGUCCAAGCUGAACCGCCAAAACAUGCAAAAUGGGGCCAUUCUCUCCCAAAAGAGCUCGAACUCAAUCUUCAUCAACGAAGACUCCGAAAACAUAGACCCCUACACACGCAGUCUAUCGGCAAAACGCAAGCGUACAUUCGACGACGACGAAAUCUCCAAGGGAUCUCCCAAACCCCUCAAAACAUCCCGUAUAGCCCUCUCAACCCGUACACCCUCAACCCUUUUAUCCACUACAUCUCGCCUCUCAACACCUCUGCAGAAGCCCCCCGCAACACCUAAAUCAGCACCAGCCCCAGCACUCAAACCAGCCGGUCGCACUCCACCAUCAAAGUUCCUCAAGCCAUCCGGUGGUCGCAGGUCGACAAUCGGCAAAACACGUCCCGAGUCCGCAUCGGCAAAUGCCAAACGAUCCGUCGCUCGUCCUUUCUCUCUCGCUACAGCUCUAGCUCAAUAUACUACUCCUAAACCUAAACAACCAGCUGGCUGGUCCUUUGAUAUCCAUGUUGAUACUGAGGAAGAGGAGAUGACCAAUCUCAUGCAGCAUUCUACUGGUGUGCUAGAUAUUAGUGAUGAUGAAGGGAAGGUUUCAAAGAACGAUGGUCGAGGCAAGGAGAAUGUUCCCCCAGUUGAGUUGGGAAUUGAUCUUCCUCGUUCUGCUCAGGCUGUCUCCGUGUCCGUGGCUACUGCUGCUGCUCGAAAGGAAGAAAAGAUGGAAGAAGAUCGUGCGCCGCUAGGUGAACUUACUGCUUCGGAUUAUUAUCCUGAAGACUGUAAUGCUUUCUCUUAUGCUGUUGUUUAUGAUGAUGAGAAUGUUGAGGCGAAGAAGAUUUCUCCGCCUUCGAGGUCUUUUGUUCCUGAUAUUACGACUUCUAUUGCUUCGUUGUUGGAGACUGCUAUCCCGCCCGCGGAGAAAUCUGAUGUCGAUGCGAAGACUCUUGCUGAAGUUGGAGAGAACAGUUCUACCUCGGAGAACUCUGAAUCUUCUUGA